GAUGGGUGUCGCCGGUCGCAUUUUCACAAGGAGAACUGAAGAAGGCAAAAGUUGCUCGCUCCAUCACCGAUUCACCUCGCUAGUGAGUGGUGACGCUACACGCUUAGAGAUAAAAAAGUUUAGUUCUUGUUGGGGAGGAGACGAGAGAGCUUGAAAUGAAAUGAUAUUGUUACAGUGCGCUUCUGUUUAUCUUACACGACCCAAAUUUAGCAUAGAAUCUAGGAAACUGCCAGAUUUCUUUCUAUCUCCAAAUUCUUUCCUCCGUUCCUCCAUAUUCAAAUCUAAGCCAAGCUCGAAAGCUUCUUUCAAGCGUUCUUGCACGCAAAAUGAAGACGCCCACGAAGCCUCUAUUCAGGGGUUCUCGGUGCUGGCAGGAGAUAUUCCUUGGGAUAGAGGGAGUAUAUGGAGCACCAUGGCCUUUUACAUGUUCUGUCUGCAUAUUCCUUUGAGUUUCGGAGGCUUGUCUGUGGUUGCUGCGAUAUUGCAUGAACCUCUUCUUGAUCCACAGACUGAGGCAAUAUCACUUCUUAUAGCUCAAAUUCUAGAGCUCAUUGCAACUCUGUUGCUUCUACAGUGGACUGCUAAGCCUAGAUACAAGUUUUUGAACUUAUUUAGAGCCAACAAAUUAUCAAGAGAGCGGAACUGGUUGUUGGCAUCAGUACUAGGAUUUGGGUUUCUAUUUCUGUUGGUGUUUCUUACAUCAAUCCUAGCUGACAGAUUGAUUGGACCCAAGGCUGUUAACAACCCCAUAGUGAAGGAGAUCCUCCUGAGCAGUGACAUCUCAAAAGCAGCUUGUGUAGCUGUUUACUGUAUUGUGACACCUCUUUUGGAAGAAACUGUUUAUAGAGGUUUUCUUUUGACAUCAAUUUCAUCAACAAUGAAAUGGCAGAAAGCAGUCUUCGUAAGUUCAGUCAUCUUUAGCGCUGCACACUUCUCUGGUGAGAACUUUUUACAGUUGUCCAUCAUUGGGUGCGUCCUUGGAUGCUCUUAUUGCUGGACUGGAAACUUAAGUUCCUCCAUUGUCAUACAUUCUCUGUACAAUGCCUUGACCCUCAUGUUAACGUUGUUGUCAUGAUUAUAAAAUUUAAUCCAUUUUGGUAA